GCGGCAGUCCCAGCCCUGCCUCCGGACCUCUGUGCCUCCUUGCAGUUCGUCAGCCUUACCACUGCUCUCCGCUGCCUGCGGAACCCGUAACCCUCGGCGGGAGUUCAGCAGGAAGCCUGGGUCGAUGCCAGGUGGGGGUCCAGUCCGUCCGCGGUGAGGUGAGGUGAGGUGGGUGUCACCACUGCGGAGGACAGUGCUGCCAGGGGCCGGCUCAUCGCUCCAGGUGACACACGCGCAGCUUCCAGGUUUCGUUCAGAGACUCAGGGCGAUACCGGGGGUGGGGGAGACCCCAGAUCGUAACCGAGCGUGUGAAGUGCGAGAAGGCAAGGACAGCCACAACAGCUUCGAAUGUGUGUCUCUCCGUCAAAAAAGUCUUCCAGGAAACUGCCCUAGCCAAAGGGAGACCAGCAGCAAGGUGGAGGUGACUUACUUGGCACAAAAGUCUUCUCUGAAGCACUUUCUACAAUAUUGAAGGAUGGCAGAAGCAGUGUUGCUUGAUCUUUUUGGUUUGAAAUUAAACUCUCAGAAAAACUGUCAUCAGAUGUUACUGAAAGCAUUGAAUGCUGUCCGAUACCACCAUACUGCCAAUGCGAAGUUCUUUUGCAUAAUGUGUUGCAGUAACAUCAGCAGUGAAACGGAUGGUGAAUGUGGUAAUUGUGAACUAGAAAUAAAUAAUGGGUUAUCCGCUCUCUUGAGGAAAUUUGAGACUGUUAGCAAUUCCAGUAUGGUUGCCUCUCUGUAUACCAUUAAACAGAAAAUUGAUGAAAAAAACCUGAGCAGCAUUAAGGUAAUUGUACCCGUGUACAGGAAGACAUUAAUGAAGGCUUUUAUUGAUCAACUCUUCACUGAUGUUUAUAGUUUUGAGUUUGAAGAUUUACAGAUGACUUUGCAGGGAGGCCUCUUGAAACAGUCCAAUGAAAUAAACAUGAUUACAGCUCAAGAAUUAGAAGAAAUCCAGAAUGAAGUAGAAACAUAUUUGAGAAGUCUGCCCCCAUUGAAAGGAGAAUUAACCAUUAUCACAUCUCCUUCAAUUCCAGAUAUUUUCAUACAUGGAUUCACUACAAGAACAGGUGGAAUCUCUUACCUACCAACUCUCAGCUCAUUAAAUCUCUUCAGUAGUUCCAAACGGAGAGACCCCAAGGCAGUUGUUCAAGAAAAUCUGCGUAGGUUGGCGAAUGCUGCAGGAUUUAAUGCAGAGAAAUUUUACCGAAUAAAGACUGAUCAUGCCAAUGACGUCUGGAUUAUGGGAAGGAAGGAGCCUGAAUCUUAUGAUGGAAUAACCACAAAUCAGAGAGGGGUCACCAUAGCGGCUCUUGGUGCUGACUGUAUACCGAUAGUUUUUGCAGAUCCUGUCAAAAAAGCAUGUGGGGUUGCUCACUCUGGUUGGAAAGGAACUUUGUUAGGUGUUGCUAUGGCUACAGUGAAUGCUAUGAUAGCAGAAUAUGGCUGUAGUUUGGAAGACAUUAUUGUUGUGCUGGGCCCUUCAGUGGGACCUUGCUGUUUUACUCUUCCAAAGGAAUCAGCAACGGCAUUUCAUAACCUUGAUCCCAAAUGUGUACGACUGUUUGACUCACCAGAUCCCUCCAUUGACAUUCGUAAAGCCACCAGAUACUUGACUGGAUUUUUACAUACAUGUUUCCUGUCUUCCUUCAAAACUGAUGGCAAGAGAGCAUUUUAGCUGCUUGAGUUACUUAAAACCGAAAGGAUUACAGUGGAACAUUCAUCUUUAGGGUUUAUUUUCACUACUAUCCAGAGCCAAAUGAUUUCCAUUUGAUUCUAACAAUAACUGACCAAAAAAUCGGUAUGAUGGAGCUAAUAGUUACAUGGAUAAGGAUUAUGGUUCUUAAAGUGUAUUCCCCUAUUUAUUAAUAAAUUAGGAGUAGAUCUGUUCAUUUUAGUAUUUAUAGGUACCCUGUAUUUGUCAGGCAUUGUGUUAAGCAUAAGUAAAUCAAGAUGAAUAAAACUUUUUUCCUUGAAUCUAAUGCAGUGGAGGAGAUACACACUUCUACAACUUUAAUUUCAGUAGCAGUAGAAGAGUACGGAGAAGGAAGGCUUAAUUCUAUCUAGAAGUCAGGAUAGAGAAUGUAUCACAGAGAAAAUGACAUUUGAUAUGGGCCCAAAAGAUAUACAGGCUUCUGACAAGUGUAGAACAACCAUAACAGGUAGAGGGAAUACCAUGAAGUAGGGCAUGAAACUGUGGAAGUGCAAAACAUGUUCUAGAGAGAGAAGGGUGUGGGCAGGAGUUAGUACUGGAAAGACAGUUUGGAAACAGAUUAGUAAGGGUCUCAAAUGCCAUGUCUAAGAUUUUGGGAUUUAUUUUCCAAGCAACGGGCAGGAGUGUUUUUAUUUCCUUGGCAUCAUAUUUAACAGGAUGGAUUCCAAUUGUGAGAGACCAAAGCAGAAUGACUAGUUAAGAGGUGGUCACAAUACUUCAGACAAGAAGUACUGAAGCCUCAAUGAAGGCAGUGGAAAGUGAAAUGGAGAAGAGAGUGGAUGGAUAAGAGACAGCUUUCCGAGAUGAAAUCAAUAGAUCCUGUUAACAGAUGAUGGAGCUGGAAGGUGAGGAAGCAUGGAGAAGCCGUUUUCAUUUUUCUGCGUGGCUAACUACCAAGAGUUGCAACAAAAGCAAGGAGGAGGUUUGGGACAAGGGAAAAGGAUAAUGAGUUUGACUUUAGACAGAUAGAAGUGAUUCCAGGUGGAAAUACUUGAUCGACAGUUAGAAAUACAGAUUUAGGAGGGAGCUGGGGACUAAGACCCAGAUCUAGAAGUCUGCUGUGCAGAGAUGAUGCCUGAGUCUUUUGGAAAGAGCUGAAUCAUCUGGGCAGAGCAAGAGAGUGAGAAAGGCGGUCCCAGGGUGAAACCCCAUAUAACAUCAGCAUUUCAAGAACAAGGAGCUGAACCAGUAAAAAAGAUUAACCAUAGAAAAAUUCAUCCAUUGCUGUCAAGUCAAUUCUGACUCAUAGUGACCCUAUUGGACAGGGUAGAACUGCCCUGUGGGGUUUCCAAAGAGCAGCUGGUAGAUUCGAACUGCUGACCUUUUGGUUAGCAGGCAGGCUCUUAACCACUGUACCACCAGGGCUCUUAACCACAGAAGUAGGAAAAAAAAAAAAAGUGUAUUGUGGUGUUGAAGAAGCCAGCAUAAGUGUGGGAGGUACUCAAAAAGAAGUCUUCAGAGAUUGAUAAAGUGAGCUCUGAGAAGAAACCAGUGGGUUAGUCAUUAUGAAGCUGCUCUAGAGGCAGCGGUGGCUGGGUCAGAUUUCAGUGCAUUGAGGAAUCAGCUCUUCUUUGACAGUGUUUGCUAGAGAAGAUAAAGAGCACCCGCUGUACAUGAAGGAAGGGUGUUUUUUGGUGUGUGGUUUUGAGUAUGUAGGCUGAAGAGAGAAGGUAAGCUGUUUUAUAUAUUUGGGGAAAAAAAUCAGUGGUAUAUAUGGUAUAUAUUUUUUAGUAGGAGUUACUGCCAGAGUAUGUCUUAAAAAGAUUUUUUAUUUCAUACAUAUAUUUCUUAUGUGUAUAUCCAGUAGAAUUAACGACGAACAACAUUUGUUUGGUAUUUACAAAGGACUUUCACAUACGUUACUUCAAUUUACCUUAUAAAACAAACAAAAA